UUAUAACAGAUUUUUCCCUAUCAAGAUAAAGCCCCAUCAUGAGUAAUGGGGUUUCUUGGGCCCAUCCAAGAAGCAGUUUCACUGAUGGUGGAUUUUACCACAACAGAUAAAAUUUAAGCGCAAACCUAGGCAGAGCAACAGAAACAACAGGAAAUGGAGCUGGGGAGAGGAAAACCUGCGUAACAACAAAAGAAAUUCCAGUUAAAAGAAAUGAGUCAAACAUCUCUGAAACAGAAAAAGAAGAAUGAUACUGGAUCGAAGAACUCAAAAGACAGCAUAGACACAGAGAAAAGAAAGGAUUCUGAGAAAUCAGGAGUUCGUCUGAGCACACAGAUGAGGCGUGCAGUCAAUCCGAAUCACUUGCUGAGAUGUUGCCCCAUGCGAGGUCACUCGUCGUGUAGACGCUGCCUUUGUGCAGCGGAGGGAACAGUACUUCUUGGCCCCUGCCGCACAAUACGUGUUUAUAUUCACAUGUGCCUCUUGUGGGAGCAGGGCCGGCAGAUCACCAUGAUCAGGGAAUCACAAGAAUCACCAUUGCCGAAGACUGAUUCUCGGGGGUACGUUGUGCGAAAUCAGUGGUCACGAACUUCACGGAGCCCAUCCACCAGAGCUCCAUCAGUAGACGAAACCAGAAGCAAGAGUGCCAGUCUUAAGCUCCCCGCUAGCUCCACAACCUCCCGGACUUCAUCCACCUCCCCCAGCCAACAAGACUCCCAGAAAGAGCUGUCGGCGCAGCCCUCGCCGCCCACGCCACCCAUGCCUCUCGACUCGAGCCCUCCCACUCCCCCGGAGUCCUAUUCCCAGUCCCGGCGCAGCAGCAAGAUGCAGGAGAAUCCAGAAGCCUGGGCUCAUGGCAUCGCGCGGGACUCCAUGCAGCUACGGGAAUACCCUCCUCGCACGCCCCCCACUGAAUGGAAGUCCUAUGCCCAGCGCAAGACGACCUACUCCACCCAGCUGGACCGCGACUGCCUGUCAGAAAUGCCCCGGCAGCAGCAGAUGGAGGAAGAGGAGGAAGAGGAUGAGGCCUAUUGGGCAUCCGUGAGAACUCUGUAUGAGAAGACCCCCAGCUGCUCUCGCCCCCGACCGCCCAAACCCAAGCAUGCCAUCACCAUCGCUGUGUCAUCCCGGGCACUUUUCAACAUGGUGGACGGCAGGAAAAUCUUCGAGGAAGAGGGUCUGGAAAAGUACAUGGAAUAUCAGCUCACCAAUGAGAAUGUCAUCCUGACCCCAGGGCCUGCAUUCCGCUUUGUCAAGGCACUGCAGCAUGUCAAUGCUAGACUCCGUGAGCUGUAUCCUAAUGAACAGGACUUAUUUGAUAUUGUACUGAUGACUAAUAACCAUGCCCAAGUGGGAGUGCGGCUUAUAAACAGCGUCAAUCACUAUGGCUUACUAAUUGACCGCUUCUGUUUGACUGGUGGAAAAAGCCCCAUUGGCUAUUUGAAGGCAUAUCUUACCAACUUGUAUCUUUCGGCAGAUUCUGAAAAAGUACAAGAAGCCAUACAAGAAGGGAUCGCCUCUGCAACUAUGUUUGAUGGAGCCAAAGACAUGGCUUACUGUGACACACAGCUCCGCGUGGCCUUUGAUGGGGAUGCCGUCCUCUUCUCGGAUGAAUCUGAACAUAUUACCAAGGAGCACGGGCUGGACAAGUUCUUUCAACAUGAAGUACUAUUUGAGAAUAAGCCUCUUGCUCAGGGUCCCUUAAAAGGCUUUCUGGAAGAUUUAGGCAGACUGCAAAAGAAGUUUUAUGCCAAAGACGAACGGUUACUUUGCCCUAUCAGGACCUACCUGGUUACAGCCAGGAGUGCAGCCAGUUCAGGCGCCCGAGUGCUGAAAACCCUUCGCCGCUGGGGUCUAGAGAUAGACGAAGCUCUUUUCCUUGCUGGAGCCCCCAAAGGUCCCAUCUUGGUAAAGAUAAGGCCCCACAUUUUCUUUGAUGACCACAUGUUCCACAUUGAAGGGGCACAGAAAUUCGGCACCAUCACAGCUCAUGUACCUUAUGGCAUUAAUCAAAAAAUGAACAAUUAGGGAUGGGGAGGAGAAAUAAAGCAGUGAGUCUGGUAUUACAGAAGCCACUUUUGUGGAUCUCUAGGGUAAUUAGAUAGGUAUUUCAGAUGAUUGGACCUCAGAACUUAGUUCAUUUGGAAAGGUUUCCUCUUGAUAUUUUGAAAAUAUUUUGAACCCUCAAGUUACCUUCAAGCUACUUCUCUUUGAGCUAUCAAUGCUGUUGAAUACCACUGCACUUACCUUUAUGUGUAAGUCAUAUUGAUGACUCUUUAGGAUAAGUUUAGAACCUGAAUGCUUGAAUACUUAACGGGCUAUCUCAGGUGUCUAGUUAGUUUUACAAAGCAUUGCUCAUUUUUGGAUGUUGGUUGAUAGAAUGAAUUGUUACCCACCAUCAUUGUAGAAUAUUGGUCUUCAAAGAAGGAAAGAGUAGGGUUAGAUACACUCUUGAAAAUUGGAGCUUUUUAUUCUGUUGCCUCUGUGACCAGGCUUUUAAUCAAUGCAAAAUGAAAAGGUCACUCCACCUGCAAUUUUGACUCCUGCACCAAGUUUGACACAGCUCAUUGAGAAAUAAAUCAGCAGGUUAUUCAUAUAGGGCACUUUCCAUCUAAGAUGAGCUCCAAACAGAAGGUCUGGAGAACCUGAAGAACCUGGGGAAGGUUCUUUGAAGCUUACCCAAGGGUGCAUUACCUCUGGACUACAAGCCUUCAUAUUUGAAGUCUCUGGCUCUGGGCCUGGCAGGUAGGUCCAAUGUUUACAUAAAAAAAAAAAAAAAAAAAAAAAAAAAAACUUUGGCUACCACUUCAAAAUGUGACAUGAAGUGUAAUAUCCUAGCCUUUCGUUGUUAUUAUUAUUUUGUUAUUUUUCUUUUGAUUUCAAGAAACAUCUAUUGGUUAUUAACCAUAAUCUACUGCAUAAUAGGCACAGUGAGCUGGUUAUUUUCACAUUACCUCAUUUUCUCAUCAAACCAAAUGUUUGUAACAGAACAUUAUUACCCUCAUUUUUACCAAUGGAGGACUUAAGACUCACAAAGAAAAAGUAGCUUGUCCAAUAACGUGCAGCUAAUAAAUGGUAGGACUGAGAUUCCUUCAAAAGCUACAUUCUGUUUUCUCUGUGAAUAUACAGCCUUCCACUUCAAGUUGUUAUUAAUUCCAUGGCCAUAGGACCCAUCCUGAACAGAUAGUCAUCCCAUUACGUUCUAUGCUUCAGUUACAUAGCAGUUACAUAACAGGUCUGAGGAUUUGCCUCCUCCUCUCCUCUUCAUGCCCUCUCCUGCUUCUUCUAACCCCACUUCUAUCUCUACUGCACCCAUGUAUACAUAUUCUGCCCCGGCUCUAGGUAAAGAAGACUGCUGCUGACAUAUAGCUUUUGCUCUCUUUCUUAAUUUGAUAUAAGCUAGUCCAAAAUAUACCAGUCAUGACACUUA